AUGGGUGUGCCAAUUUUAUUUUCAUGGCUUAAUAAAAAAUUUCCAGAUUGUAUUACACAAAAGCCACCUGAACAGGUAGACAUUCUUUAUAUUGACUAUAAUGCAAUAAUACAUAAUUGCUAUAAUCCCAAUCUUGGAUCACUGGAUAAAAUUUACGAAGAUAUGAUUGAUAGACUAACAAAGAUGGUAGAUAAUAUUGUAGAAAAAGCUAAACCCAGAAAAAUACUAUAUAUAGCAGUAGAUGGUGUGGCACCCGCAGCUAAACUGGCACAUCAGAGGGGUAGAAGAUAUAAGGCAGCAAGUGAAAAAGCGGGACCAAAUGGUUAUAUUGAUUUUAGUAGUAAUGUUGAGAUUACGACACAAGAAGGUGCAUUAACCUCUAAACCGCCUACAGCAAAUAUUUUUGAUUCUAAUUCUAUAACUCCAGGUACUGAACUUAUGAAAUUUUUACAUAAAAAUAUAAUAGACAUGCUUAUUUACAAUUUAAAUACUAAUCCAAAUUAUAAAGAUCUUAAAAUUUUAUAUUCAAGUUAUUUGGUUCCUGGCGAAGGUGAGCAGAAAAUUAUGGCAUUUUUAAGAAAAUAUCAUCUUUCUAAUCCUAAAGAUACGCAUGUCAUGUACAGUCCUGAUGGAGAUAUUAUCUUUUUGGGUGUAAGUCUUUAUGAUGUAAAUCUGUACAUUAUGAGAGAAGAUACUUUUAAUAGCAAAAAUAAAAAGGAAAUUUGUAGAAUGUGCUCUAGAAUGGGUCAUUUUUCUGAACAAUGUAACAGACCAGAUCUUUUAAUUUACAGUUAUAUUGAUGUACCGAAGUUUAGAGCAUCUCUUCUUAAAAUUUUUAAUAUAAAAAUUGAAUAUGUUGAAAAAAGAAUGUUAACAGAUUGGGUUUUAGUAUGUUUUCUUUUAGGAAACGAUUUUCUUCCUGGUAUUCCCUGUGUGGACAUUAAAAUUGGUUCUAUUGAAAAUCUUACAAGUACUUUAUGUGAUAAUUUUACGAAUUGCAAAGAUUACAUCACCACAGAAGAUAAAAAUAUUAAUUUUAAAAUAUUAGAAUGUUUUUUUGUUCUUUUAAGUACCAGGGAAAAUGACUGGUAUAACAAUAAAACAAAGAUGCUUAAUAGGUCGUGUAAUUUUAUUAGAGAAGAAAUCCAAUUGAAUACUCCACAGGGUAGACAAAAAUAUUACAACAGUAAAUUUGGUGCACAUUGUGAAGCAGAUUUUAAUAAUAUUUCUCAAGAAUAUAUUACUGGUAUUUUAUGGACUUUUAAUUACUAUAUUGGGGGUAAAACGAGUUGGGAUUGGGUUUAUCCGUAUCACUUCGCCCCAUUUGUACGCGAUCUUGUUAAUGUUGUACGAGCGCAUUAUGAUUUAAAAAAGGGAUGCGUGUUGACUCCCUUCGAACAACUAAUGGUUGUUAUUCCACCACAGAGUAAAAAUCUUGUAACAGAAAAAUUAAGAUAUAUUUUUGAUGAAUAUAAGGAUCUUUAUCCACUUACGAUUAAAUUUGAUAUGUUUGAUAAAUAUCUUCUAUGGACUGGUGUUGUUUUACUUCCUCCUUUUAAUUCUCAAGUGGUUUUAAAUGCUGUGAAAGGAAAGAUUAAUGAAAUUAGUGCAAGUGAGCUUGAUAGGAAUACCGAGGAGUCAGAAUUACUUUUUGUUUCUGAUGAAAAUUCAGUUAAUAAUUUACAAAAACUUUACUUUGAUUUAAAACCGGCAGCAACAUUUGUUUUCGACAAAAUGUCUAUACCUGUUUAUCCAUACUAUAAGGCGCUAUAUCCAGGAAGUAAAGAUAUUAAUCGUAAUGGUAAAUCAUUUACUAAUAAUGUGGUUGUUGUUAGAUAUGAUCAGUUUUAA